AUGUGUGGCUCUGCAGGGUGUGGUCAGUCUGAGGUCCAGCCCCGGAUCGUAGGAGGGUCUGACACCAAACCCGGGUCCUGGCCCUGGAUCGUGGCCCUGGCGUACAGAUAUAAGGGCUUCCCCGUGCAGUACUGUGGAGGCUCCCUCAUCAGCGACCAGUGGGUCCUCACCGCCGCACACUGCUUCGACCCCCCAGGCCCAGAGAACAGCACGAUGGUACAUCUGGGUCGCCACUCGUGGGAGUAUGAGAACGUGUCGUCAGAGGAGGUUCGCUGGAUCCGCUCCAGACACUGCCAUACUCACUACAACCAAAGCGGAGACAUGGAGAACGACAUAUGCCUCCUGCAGCUGUCCGCCCCAGUGGCCUUCAGCGACCGCAUCCGCCCCAUCUGCCUCCCGGCCCAGGGCAGCACUUUCCCGGCCGGUCAACCCUCCUGGGUCGCAGGCUGGGGAUCACUACAAGAAGGGGGAGAUUACCCAGAGGUCCUGCAGGAGGUGAUGUUGCCCAUCGUGGGGAUAAACGAGUGCCGCUGCCUGAACGAGAUUUCCGUCCCCGAGAAAACCAUCUGUGCCGGGUUCAGAGAGGGCCAAAAGGACACCUGCCAAGGGGACUCGGGGGGCCCUCUGGUGGUCUGGAUGCCUUCCGCCUGGGUGCAGGUGGGGGUGGUGAGUUCCGGUGAAGGCUGUGCCCGUGAAGACCGCCCCGGUCUCUACGCCCUGGUGUCCGCGUACCAGGACUGGAUCAGCGAGGUGUUGGAGGCGGCCGGCUCCAUGGACCAGCCCAAGUUUGUGCCCUACAACCCCCCGGACGAGGACCUGGACCUGGACUACGUUUGCCAGAACAUGAGCCUGUCUUACUACACCGACUCGGUGAUGGACGGGGGCACGGACACAUUCGGCUCUGUGCUGAGUGUGAUGGUGCUGAGCGCAGUUACAAUAGUGCUGUUAGAUUAA